AUGCGGCAACUGUGUGGCCGUGAUGUAGUGGUGACGUCACAUCGCUGCGGCGCCGAGCAUGUGAAGCGGCGUGUUUACAAGCACUACACUCCGCCUGUCUGCGCGACUAUUGAUGGCUGCACGCGACGGAACGCGCGGCGGAUGCGGCAACUGUGUGGCCGUGAUGUAGUGGUGACGUCACAUCGCUGCGGCGCCGAGCAUGUGAAGCGGCGUGUUUACAAGCACUACACUCCGCCUGUCUGCGCGACUAUUGAUGGCUGCACGCGACGGAACGCGCGGCGGAUGCGGCAACUGUGUGGCCGUGAUGUAGUGGUGACGUCACAUCGCUGCGGCGCCGAGCAUGUGAAGCGGCGUGUUUACAAGCACUACACUCCGCCUGUCUGCGCGACUAUUGAUGGCUGCACGCGACGGAACGCGCGGCGGAUGCGGCAACUGUGUGGCCGUGAUGUAGUGGUGACGUCACAUCGCUGCGGCGCCGAGCAUGUGAAGCGGCGUGUUUACAAGCACUACACUCCGCCUGUCUGCGCGACUAUUGAUGGCUGCACGCGACGGAACGCGCGGCGGAUGCGGCAACUGUGUGGCCGUGAUGUAGUGGUGACGUCACAUCGCUGCGGCGCCGAGCAUGUGAAGCGGCGUGUUUACAAGCACUACACUCCGCCUGUCUGCGCGACUAUUGAUGGCUGCACGCGACGGAACGCGCGGCGGAUGCGGCAACUGUGUGGCCGUGAUGUAGUGGUGACGUCACAUCGCUGCGGCGCCGAGCAUGUGAAGCGGCGUGUUUACAAGCACUACACUCCGCCUGUCUGCGCGACUAUUGAUGGCUGCACGCGACGGAACGCGCGGCGGAUGCGGCAACUGUGUGGCCGUGAUGUAGUGGUGACGUCACAUCGCUGCGGCGCCGAGCAUGUGAAGCGGCGUGUUUACAAGCACUACACUCCGCCUGUCUGCGCGACUAUUGAUGGCUGCACGCGACGGAACGCGCGGCGGAUGCGGCAACUGUGUGGUCGUGAUGUAGUGGUGACGUCACAUCGCUGCGGCGCCGAGCAUGUGAAGCGGCGUGUUUACAAGCACUACACUCCGCCUGUCUGCGCGACUAUUGAUGGCUGCACGCGACGGAACGCGCGGCGGAUGCGGCAACUGUGUGGCCGUGAUGUAGUGGUGACGUCACAUCGCUGCGGCGCCGAGCAUGUGAAGCGGCGUGUUUACAAGCACUACACUCCGCCUGUCUGCGCGACUAUUGAUGGCUGCACGCGACGGAACGCGCGGCGGAUGCGGCAACUGUGUGGUCGUGAUGUAGUGGUGACGUCACAUCGCUGCGGCGCCGAGCAUGUGAAGCGGCGUGUUUACAAGCACUACACUCCGCCUGUCUGCGCGACUAUUGAUGGCUGCACGCGACGGAACGCGCGGCGGAUGCGGCAACUGUGUGGCCGUGAUGUAGUGGUGACGUCACAUCGCUGCGGCGCCGAGCAUGUGAAGCGGCGUGUUUACAAGCACUACACUCCGCCUGUCUGCGCGACUAUUGAUGGCUGCACGCGACGGAACGCGCGGCGGAUGCGGCAACUGUGUGGCCGUGAUGUAGUGGUGACGUCACAUCGCUGCGGCGCCGAGCAUGUGAAGCGGCGUGUUUACAAGCACUACACUCCGCCUGUCUGCGCGACUAUUGAUGGCUGCACGCGACGGAACGCGCGGCGGAUGCGGCAACUGUGUGGCCGUGAUGUAGUGGUGACGUCACAUCGCUGCGGCGCCGAGCAUGUGAAGCGGCGUGUUUACAAGCACUACACUCCGCCUGUCUGCGCGACUAUUGAUGGCUGCACGCGACGGAACGCGCGGCGGAUGCGGCAACUGUGUGGCCGUGAUGUAGUGGUGACGUCCGUGUGUGUGUGUGACGUCAUAUCGCUGCGGCGCCUGUUAAGCAGCGUGUUUACGAGAUUCUGGAAGUUUAAUGCGUAA